CGACAACACAACGUUGUCAAAAUGGCGCAAACAUACCUAAUUCUGGCUUUAAUCAUACAGUGCUCCUUUGUGUUUGCUACACAAAUAGACGUUAGCGAAGAUCCGAUUCCAAGUCGUGAAGAAUUGCUAAAACCUGAUGUAGACGAAAAAGACCAGGAAGGCCAUGAACACUGGAUGGAUAUGUUCUCCAAAGGAGAGAAUAAUUUUUACCCGUCUUCGUCUGCUGCUAUGAUGGCUCAGGUAACUAACAGUUCCAACAACAAAACCGUCGAAGACCAACUAAGAGAAAUUAAAGAUAUGGCAUACAAAAUUACUAUGGCCAUCCAAAGCGAGAUGGCUAAUUUGCUGACUUACGCUUUAAAUACGUGUGAAAAAGAUAAGGACGAAAAAGGAGAAUUGAAAACCGAAAACCAUUUGAGAAGGAAAAGAGAAACUCCUAUGGACAGUACUCAGAUGGUGAUGAGAUUAUUGAAACACAUUAAAUCUAAUAACGAGUACCAGAACAUUGCUAUUGAAAAAAUGAUGUCAGCUCAGGAAAUUGCUGACAAAUACGGCAUUGCGUUCAAUCCUGAUCCUAACAUUUUGACUGAUUUCGCCGUUGCGGCCAGUGAACAAGCUAAAGACUUGACUUCCAUGCUGACUGAAACUUGCGAUGGUAAAAAUACUACCCUAAAACAGGUAGAGUUCGUUCCAUUGGAAAAGGAGUCGUCCGGCAAGAUUGCAGAAGAUACCUACUAUGUGUAUGCUGUCAACCAUCCUGAAGAGAUGUAUACUCAUUUACCGCCCUAUGAAUACAUGCCUGAACUUACUCAUCCACCAAAACAUGAGCACAUUCAUUACUCUCCUCAAUACGAGACUCAAGUGCGGCCUCAUCACUAUCCACCAACGACACCUAAACCAACAUUUUACGACUCAUUCAUGCCAGAACACUACCAAGCUUACUGUCCGAUGGAACCUGUGACUACAAUCUCAUCGAUUGUUGUGCCGUUUGAAGAAGUCAUUGAACCCGAACCGGAAUUAGUUGGGGAAGAAUACGAAGAGACUGUUUCUUCCAAAGUGACAAUCGACCACGACGAACCUGGAUGUUCUACCGUGAACCAUGUAAUGACUUAUACAUUAAGUGAAAAAACUCAUUUUAAAACGCCACAAAUUGAGCAAUUGCCUCAGCAGAUGCAAUAUACUUUCUUCCUUAUGUGAAGCGAAUAGCAUUUAGGUAAAAUACAUAUAUGACCACUAAACGGAAACGGUUGUUUAAAGUACAAUUGUUAAGUAAAUAGCUGUUAAUAGCAGGGAAUUUGUAAAUACCAAGUUUGUCGAUUUCGUGCGCAUGUAUAUACACGACAUAUUGCCCAGUUAUGAAUAAUAGACACAUGUAGUCUUUUUUCAAAAUGACGUUGAUGAAAAUAAUUUUGUAUUAAUAAAAUUCAAUAUGAAAAAGAAGAAAUAUUAUUAAAAUCCAGGAAACCGACACUGAAUGUGAAGGGGAAGUAAAUGAUACAACUUGAAUUCUAUGGAUGAGAACACAACCUCACAAAAGAUAAAAUAUUACGGCAGCACAAAGCCCAACACCAUCAACGCUACCUAACUACCAAAUAACUAACUACUUUACUACCUACUUUCUAUCAUGCGCUGCAUAGCCGGCAGGAUCUGGCACCGGUAGCAACUGGUUGGUCUUCUCCUCCACAAUCUGGGCGUGAGGUAGGGAGUGACUUCCUUAACUUGCGCUCCCUGGUAUAUCCGGCUUGUCUGAAUCAGAUUUACUCUAGUUGGGUGUGGUACGAAUGAGCAAUGACUCAUUGAUUUAUGUCAAUGAAUAUUAUUUGUAAGCAAACAUUAGCAAUUUGGAACAAAUACGAAUAGUUAACGAUUUCCACACCAUGUAUAUAAUUAAAUGUAUAUGUAUAAUUGAAAUUUACAUGUAAUGUAUAAUUCAGUGUAUAAUUUCGUUCACGUUUAUGUGAGCGCUUUGUGGUCACAUGUGUUUAUUUAAAAUCAAUUAUCUAGGGACAG